AUGGUCCUCCUCCCUCAGACGAUGCGCUCUCUCGUCGCGCCGAAGCACGGCAGCCCUGUCGGCUGGGAAGUAGCUGAAGUGCCGGUGCCGACCAUUACCAGCCCCACGGACGUGAUAAUUCGAGUAAAGGCUGGAGCUGUCAUGAAGGGCGACUGCCAGAGAUCUCAGGGUUCUCCGAUCGUUGCGCUACGCAAAGAAAGUUUUCCCAUCAAGAUUGGCUGCGAGGGCUCCGGGAUUGUCGUAGCUGUCGGCGCGGACGUAAAAACCCUCAAAGUAGGCGACGCAGUCUACGGGCUGUGCUUCACGCGGCCAGCCUUCAGCAUCCCCGACCCAGGCUUCUGCUCCGAGUACGCCGUUGGGCCGGAGAGACUUUUCCUGCCCAAGCCGCCGCAUAUGAGCUUCGAAGAGGCUGCAUCUCUUUUGGGAUACACCGUCACGGCGUACCAGACCAUUAGACGCGGACUCGCCAUCGCAGGACAGGAAACGCUGGAAGGCAAGACCGUCUUCAUUCCCGGAGCCCUGAGCGGUGGAGGCUUCAGCGCGAUCCAAGUUGCCAAAAAUGUCUUUGGCGCCAGGAAGAUUAUUUCCACGGUUUCGACCUCUAAGAUGAGCCUCGUUGAGCAGCAUCUUCCGGGGAUGGUUGAUGAACUGAUUGAUUACACCACUACGGACGUCGGCUCUGUGAUACCCAAAGGAAGUGUGGACUUCAUGUACAACACGCAGUGGAAUACUAUGGGUCCCGGAAUACCUCUUCUCAACCCCAAGACGGGCAUACUCAUGUCUAUCGCAUCUAUUCCCCCGCCAACCUUGACGAAAGAGCUUCUUGGGCCAGCACUGGUUCCCUUCUGGGUUGUCUGGGUGUUGCACUUAGCCCAGCUUUGGUACUCGUUCUUAUUACGCGGCACCAAUAUCAAGCAUGAAUUCGUGUCUGGCAAUCCCGAGAACAGAGAGGACUUGGAGAAGGCUGGGGAGCUUAUCGCCACUGGCAAGGUCAAGGGCGUCUUUCGAGUAGUGGACCUGGCGGACUUUAAAUCGGUGAAGGAAGAGUAUGGCCGCACCCUCAGCUACACCACAUUCGGCAUCACCCCACAACCAAACCAACCAACAAUCUUCCACUUUCACGGCCUCCCAGGCUCCCACCACGAAGGCCAACCCGUCCAUGAAGAAGCCACCAGGCGCAAUAUCUGUGUUGUCGCCGUAACACGCCCGGGCUACGGCGGUUCGACCUUCCAACCCAACCGCACAAUCCUCUCCUUCCCGCAAGAUGUCCUUCACCUAGCAGACAACCUCAAAAUCCAGCGCUUCGCCGUGCUAGGUAUCUCCGGCGGUGCUCCGUACGCCCUCGCAUGCCUGCACUCCAUUUCACCAUCACGGCUCUCCGGCGUGGCAAUCGUCUCCGGGAUGUUUCCGUCGGAGCUAGGUCUGAGCGGCAUGAUGCUCAUGAACCGCCUGCUCUUCAGCAUUGCGCCGUGGUCACCGGGUCUCAUUGAGAGCAUCGCCGACUGGGAAGUGGGGAAUCUCGCUCGAGAUGCUGAACACCCGGAAAGGCUCGCCCGAGCGACGGCUGAUGCCUUCAAGAGUCGUCCGGUUGAGGAUCGGGAAGCGCUGUACGCCGAUGAUGGCAAGAUCUUGCGGGUGUUGGAGCAGAGUACACGCGAGGCAUUUCGUGAGAGUAGUCGUGGAUUUGCGUGGGAAGCGAAACUAUUCGGGAGUUCUUGGGGGUUCGAGUUGAAGGAUUUGGUUGUACAGGAAGGGAAGUUGGUUAUUUGGCAUGCGGGCAAGGAUGUCAACGUCCCAUUAAGAAUGGCUCAGGAUGCGGCGGGACUGAUUCGAGCUUCAACUCCCACUUCUCCUUCGCCAGCUGUGGCUCCGAGGUCGAACUCAUCUUCGCCAAGAAGGAACGAAAUUGCCGAAAAUGACCAUGUCGCUAUGCAAACCGAAAACAACCAGAUCGAAGUUGACGAUACGGCUAGUCGUCUCUAUCAUCUAGUGUGGUGGACUAUCCUACCGAGAACGGUCGGCGUUACCACGCGUUUCGAGCGGGCAAGCGAGAUGGACAGACUGGACUUGAAUCACAUGUUGAUAAUGAAGACAAUUGGCCGAAAGCUUUUCCUGGCUCCGAUUCCGCCUCAGAGUAUCCAUAGAAUACUUGACAUCGGCACCGGCACGGGAAUCUGGGCUAUCGAGGCAGCGGAUGUGUUCCAAAACGCAGAGAUUCUGGGAAUCGAUCUGAGUGCAAUCCAGCCCUCAUGGGUGCCGCCUAAUGUGAAAUUCGAGAUUGACGACGUUGAGAGUCCUUGGGUCAACGAACACAAAUUUGACUUCAUCUUCUGUCGGUACAUGGCGGGCUCCAUCGCAGACUGGGAAAAGCUUAUUAAGAACAUCUUUGACAACUUGGCCCCCGGAGGUUGGGUCGAAUUCCAGGACUACGAUAUUUCUAUCGUCUCGGAUGACGGCACGUUGACCGAAAAGCACCAUACUUCCAAGUGGAUGAGUCUGCUCAUCGAAGCAUGUGUUAGCGUUGGGCGUGAUCCUCGCCCUGGACCCAAUAUUGAAGGUUGGGUCAAAGACGCUGGAUUUGUCGAUGUGGUCCAUCAGAGAUUCAAGAUGCCUAUCGGUCCUUGGCCAAAGGACCCGCACCACAAGGAUGUCGGUAUGACGAACUUGAUCCAGCUUCUGGAUGGACUGGAAGGCUUCAGUCUGCGGGCCUUCUGCGGCAUCCUUGGCUGGACGAAGGAGGAAGUCUUGGUGCUUCUUGCUCAAGUGCGCACUGAGUUGAAGUCUGGGAGCUUCCAUGCUCGUAGUGCAAUUCAUGUGGUCUAUGCACAAAAGUCGGAGGAGAAAACGGAGGACUAA